AUGCCUUCCAAAGAAUCCAACCCUCCUUUCUCUUGUCACUUGGGCCCAGGCUCGAAAGGCAUGGACAAGGGCUACUUCACGCAGUCCAAGCUCCUCUGGACGCCCAAGGAACCACGCAACACUUCCGUAGACAUAUUUCGACAAAAUAUCAACAGAAAGCACGGCUUGAACCUCAAGGACUACCAUGAUUUACACAGAUACUCUGUCGAGGACUACGCGUUCUGGCUCGACCUCUGGGAGUUCCUCGGCAUCGUGUCGUCUGUACCUCCCAAUAAGGACAAGAUCCUGAAACCCGGAAAACUGCUUCCAGAAGUUCCUUCUUGGUUCCCUGGGGCGCGACUGAACUACGCCGAGAACCUCCUUCUUCGAAAGGAUGAUGGCAUUGCACUCACGGAAGCCGGAGAAAUAGGGAUUGUGAAGUAUGUCACGUACCGGCAGUUGAACGAACGCGUCCGCGCGAUGGCUGCUGCGCUGCGUGUCAAUGGGUUGAAGCCAGGUGAUCGCGUCGCAGCUAUCAUGGCUAACACAAGCGCUGCAGUCGUGAUAGCUAUUGCAACCGCCAGCGUUGGAGGCAUUUUCUCAAGCACGGCCACUGACAUGGGAACCCAAGGCUUGCUGGAUAGAUAUCGUCAAAUUCAACCUAAGUUCAUCUUCGCGGAAACAGAGAUCCAAUAUUCGGGAAAGCGCGUCGACCUCCUCCCGAAAGUUACUAAGGUCAUCAAAGAUCUCUCCGAUCAAGGGCUUGAACGGGCCAUCCUCCUGCCUAGCAGGCUCUUUGGACGCGAGCUCCUUAUUCCAGACAUGUCGAAUAGUUCGCCUAUGGCGGAGUUCCUUAAAUCCGACGAUGGGCGCAAGCUUGAAUUUGAGCAACUGCCCUUUGGCCAUCCUUUGUGCAUCCUCUACAGCUCAGGCACCUCUGGGAAGCCGAAAUGCAUAGUACAUUGCGCCGGUGGCGUGCUCAUGAACACGAAAAAGAACUUUAAGUUUGGGUUCGGUGGAUCAUUUGACGAUGUUUACUUCCAAUAUACGACUACUGGCUGGAUGUUGUGGAACUUUAUGCUUGUUGGUCUUUCGUGCGGCUGCCGCCUGGUGCUCUACGACGGAUCGCCUUUCUACCCAGACAUCAAGACUUACCUCAAGUUCGUCAGUGACCAAGGUGUAACAAGAUGGGGAACGGGUCCGCGCUUCUUGGCUGAAGUACAAGGACGGGGAAUCAAGCCGCUGGAAGUCGCCUCUUUUGGAGGUUUGGCUAAUAUAACAGUCACUGGUGCCAUUACAACCGCUCCAAUGUUUCAAUGGGCUCAAGAGGCGUUCGGAAAGCACGUCCAUUUCGUAUCGACCUGCGGCGCGACUGAUAUCUGUGGAGCGUUCGUGACUGGUACGGCCAGCUUGCCUGUUUACGCUGGGGAAAUUCAAGUUAAGGACCUUGGAAUGAGAAUCGAGGUCUGGGAUCCAUUCGGGAAGAACAUUGAGCACACAGGCCAGCCUGGUGAGCUUGUCUGCACGCGUCCCCAUCCCUCCUUGCCCAUCAAGUUCUGGGGAGACGAGAAGGGAGAAAGGCUAAGAGACGCAUAUUUUAGUACAUAUCCAGGCGUCUGGAGGCAAGGCGACUUCAUAGUAAGCAACCCUGUCACCAAAGGAAUGCAGGUACUCGGACGGAGCGAUGGCGUCUUGAACCCCAGCGGCGUCCGCUUCGGGUCUGGGGAAAUAUACACUGUCAUGGAGCAGUUCUCGGACAUCGUCGACGACUCUCUUUGUAUUGGACAACGCCGUCCUGAGGAUAAGGAUGAACGCGUCCUCCUUUUUCUGAAAAUGCGCUCUGGAAACAAAUUUAGUCCUAAGCUCGUUGCGACAAUAAAAGACGCCAUCAAGGAAGGGCUCAGCGCACGACAUGUGCCAUCUUAUAUUUUCGAAAUAGCUGAUAUUCCGUAUACUGUCAACGGCAAGAAGAUCGAAAUAUCCGUCAAGCAAAUCGUCUCUGGAUCUAAUCUGCAGCCGAGCGGCACGGUCGCGAACCCGGAGGCGCUUCAGCUAUACUACAAGUAUAGAGAUAUUGAAAGGAUUGUCGGCGACGCCAGGUCUAAAUUGUAG